UCCAACAUGGUGAACACCAAUCACACUGUCUUCCACCCUGCUGUGUUUAUUCUGCUCGGCAUACCAGGAUUAGAAAGAUACCAUAUCUGGCUUUCCAUCCCCUUAUUCUUUUUAUAUGCAACUGCAGUGCUGGGGAACAGUGUUCUGAUUCUGGUCAUUGUCAUGGAACACAGCCUCCAUGAACCCAUGUACAUGUUUCUCUCCAUGUUGGCUGGCACUGACAUCCUACUUUCCUCUACCAUUGCACCCAAAGCCUUGACCAUUUUCUGGUUUCAUGCACGGGACAUCACCUUUGAUGCUUGUAUGACCCAAGUCUUCUUUGUCCACAUUACAUUUGUGGGAGAAUCAGCCAUCUUGAUGGUCAUGGCAUUUGAUCGCUAUGUAGCCAUUUGUGCCCCGUUGAGAUAUUCAACGAUACUGACAAUACCUGUGGUAUGGAGGCUAGCGUUAGCCAUUUUCCUCCGAAGCUUCUGCAUCAUCUUCCCUGUCAUCUUCCUGCUAAAGAGGCUACCCUUCUGUAGAACCAAUGUAAUCCCUCAUUCAUACUGUGAACACAUUGGAGUGGCCAAACUGGCCUGUGCUGAUAUCACUGUCAAUAUAUGGUAUGGCUUCUCUCUCCCCAUUCUAACAGUGCUCACUGAUGUGGUGCUCAUUGCAGUGUCCUAUACCCUGAUCCUCCGGGCCAUCUUUUGGAUGCCCUCUCAGGAUGCCCGCCACAAGGCACUCAACACUUGUGGCUCUCAUCUUUGUGUAAUUCUCAUAUUUUAUUUUCCAUCCUUUUUCACUGUAUUGACUCAUCGUUUUUGGCGCAACUUCCCACGCCAUGUACAUAUCCUACUGGCCAAUCUCUAUGUGGUGGUGCCUCCCAUGCUCAACCCCAUUGUUUAUGGGGUGAAGAUGAAACAGAUAAGAGAGGCUAUAGCUCAUUUUUUCAUAGAGAGCAAGAAGUGGUUUUCCUCAUCCUCACUGGGCUAA